GGAGCAGCCCCGGACCCCGCGCCCUCCCGCGCGCCCCCGCCCCCGCAUGCGAGGCGCCGCGCCCUCCCGCCGCCCUGCCCGGUGCACGGAGGGGCCCGCGCGCGGGGGAUGACCUGGGGGUGGCUUUCGGAGCCGGCGGCCGCGCUGGACGUCCCGGGGCGCAGCCAGUCGCGUUGAGAGUGAGCCAAGGCCUGGACCGUGCUUUGGAAGUCUGUCCUGCCCGCUUCUGAACCUAGCGCUAUGCAUCCAGUCCCUGGGCCCGCGCAGACAGUGCUCUUCAUGAUCCUGACCCUUCGGUGCUCUUCCGUGCGUUCAGACUUGGCACCUUAUUUUAUUUCUGAGCCACUGUCUGCUGUCCAGAAGCUUGGUGGAACUGUAGAGCUUCGUUGUUCGGCUGGACCCGUGACUGCUCACAUCUCGUGGUUGCAUAAUGGGAAAAGAUUGGAUAGAAGCAUGGACCAGAUUCAGAUUCAUCAGGGGACAUUGACUCUUCUCUCCCUGAACCCCUCCCUUGUGGGUUCCUACCAGUGUGUUGCCAACAACAGUGUCGGUGCGAUUGUGAGUGGCCCCGCGAUGGUGUCCACUGCUGUUCUCGGUGAUUUUGGCUCCUCGACAAAGCAUGUUAUUAUCGCAGAAGAAAAAGGCACCGGCUUCAUUGGCUGCCAGGUCCCCCGGAGUAACCCCAAAGCCGAGGUGCGCUAUAAAGUCCGGGGGAAGUGGCUGAAACAUUCUACAGAGAAUUACUUAAUCCUUCCAUCAGGAAAUCUUCAGAUUUUGAAUGUGUCCUUAGAGGACAAAGGCUCAUACAAAUGUGCAGCUUUUAAUCCUGUUACACAUGAACUAAAACUUGAACCCGUUGGCCGAAAACUCCUUGUGAGUCCCCCCUCCUCGGGCCAUGUGCACAUCCUCUACCCGACCCUGGCUCAGGCCCUGGCCGUCGUGGCCCACAGCGCCGUCACGCUGGAGUGUGUGGUGAGCGCCGUGCCCGUCCCUGCCGUGCACUGGCUGAAGGACGGGCAGGACGUGGUGCUGGGCAGCGGCUGGAGAAGGCUGCAUACGCACCUGGCGACAGACCGCAUCGACCCCAGGGACGCCGGCAACUACUCCUGCUUGGUGGGCGGCGGCUCUGGCGAGGCGAAGCGUGCCACGUACACGGUCCACGUGCUGGAACGUGCUUCCAUUUCUAAAGGGCUGCAGGACCAGACAGUACCUCUGGGCUCCACUGUACAAUUUACAUGUGAUGUUCAUGGGAAUCCGGCCCCCAACCGCACCUGGUUUCAUAAUGCACAACCACUUCAUCCCUCUCCACGUCAUCUGAUGACAGGAAGUGGCCUACAAAUCAGUGGUGUUACCACAGAAGAUUCUGGGUUGUAUCAGUGUCUUGCGGACAAUGGGAUUGGAUUUAUGCUGUCGACUGGAAGACUUGAAGUUGUAAGAGAUGGUGGACUCAAGCCAGUAAUAAUUACAGCACCCACAAACACUCAGGUGGUAGAUGGAGACUUUGUUACUUUGUCCUGCAAUGCCACUGGUGUGCCGGUCCCUGUCAUCCGUUGGUAUGACCGGCAGGGAUUGAUAACCAGCCAUCCCUCGCAGGUCCUUCGAUCUAAGUCUCGAAAAGCACCUGUAGGAAGAGGGGGGAGCUUGGACCCGGAGCCCCUCUACUUCAUCAUGUCCCGAGCUGGCUCCAGCUCCCUGUACAUCCAGGCUGUCACUCCGGAGCAUGCUGGCAGGUACACCUGUGAGGCCAGCAAUGAACACGGCACUGCACAGUCCGACGCCAUGCUCACGGUUGUUCCCUUUGAAACAAAUACAAAAGCGGACAUGGUCACACCAGCCAGUGCCACCCCGGAUGCCAACGGAGAUGAUCCUGAAACCGCCUUAUCGGAUGCUCUCCCAGCGCAGGAAGCAUCAGCAGAGAAAAAUGCUACUGGCACCUCCGUCCCUGAUGCCCCCAUCAUUCUGAGCCCCCCACAGACCCACACACCAGACACGUACAACCUGGUCUGGCGGGCAGGCAAGGACGGCGGGCUACCCAUCAAUGCCUAUUUUGUGAAGUAUCGGAAGCUGGAUGAUGGUACGGGCAUGGCAGGAAGCUGGCACACAGUUCGAGUCCCCGGAAGCGAAAAUGAGCUCCACCUGUCAGAGCUGGAGCCUUCCAGCCUCUAUGAAGUCUUGAUGGUGGCCCGUAGUGCCGCAGGGGAAGGGCAGCCAGCCAUGCUCACCUUCCGCACCAGCAAAGAGAAAACAGCAUCAUCAAAAAACACCCCAGUGUUGUCUCUGCCUGUGGGGCUCCCGAAGCGCCCCGUGGUCCCCGAGGCUGCCGAGAGCUUUGGAGUGGUUCUUCCUGCAGACCCCUCCAGGCACAGCGGAGUGCCAGAGGCCCCUGACCGACCUACUAUUUCCACGGCUUCAGAAACUUCUGUCUACGUCACGUGGAUCCCUCGGGCAAAUGGGGGCUCUCCCAUCACUGCCUUUAAGGUGGAAUAUAAGCGCAUGAGGACGAGUGACUGGCUGGUGGCGGCUGAGGACAUCCCUCCCUCCAAACUCUCUGUGGAAGUCCGGAGUCUAGAGCCAGGUUCGACGUACAAAUUUAGGGUCAUUGCUAUCAACCACUACGGUGAGAGUUUUCGGAGUUCAGCCUCUCGUCCUUACCAAGUGGCAGGAUUCCCCAAUCAUUUCUCGAACCGCCCCAUAGCUGGGCCACACAUCGCAUACACGGAAGCCGUCAGUGACACGCAGAUCAUGCUCAAGUGGACGUACAUUCCCUCAAUUAACAAUAAUACUCCCAUUCAAGGAUUUUAUAUCUAUUACCGACCAACAGAUAGUGACAACGACAGUGAUUACAAGAGGGAUAUUGUAGAAGGUUCAAAACAGUGGCACAUGAUUGGCCAUCUGCAGCCAGAGACCUCCUAUGAUAUUAAAAUGCAGUGCUUCAAUGAAGGGGGAGAAAGCGAGUUUAGUAACGUGAUGAUCUGUGAAACGAAAGUGAAACGUGUUCCUGGAGCCUCUGAGUAUCCUGUCAAAGACCUGAGCACCCCCCCAAGUGCCCCUGGCGGGGGUGGGCCGGCGGGGCCCGCGGCCAGCCCGGCCCGAAGCAGCGAUAUGCUGUAUCUGAUCGUGGGCUGCGUGCUGGGCGGCAUGGUCCUCAUCCUCAUGGUCUUCAUCGCCAUGUGCCUGUGGAAGAACCGCCAGCAGAGCGCCGUCCAGAAAUACGACCCACCAGGAUAUCUCUACCAAGGAUCCGAUCUCAACGGGCAGAUGAUGGAGUACACCACCCUGCCAGGCACCAACUGCAUCAAUGGAAAUGUUCACGGAAGCUUCCGGAGCAAUGGGGGUCACAGCAAUGGCUGCUCCCAUCUUCACCACAAGGUUCCUAAUGGAGUCAACGGGAUCAUGAACGGGGCCUUAAAUGGAGGGCUGUAUGCUGGUCACGCGAACUCUCUCAGCAGGACACAUGUGGGUUUUGAACAUCCUCGUCAUCUGGUGAAUGGUGGUGGCGUAUACACUGCGAUUCCCCAGACAGACCCCCUGGAAUGCAUAAACUGUCGGAAUUGUCGGAACAACAACAGGUGUUUCACCAAAGCGAGUAGCACUUUCAGCGCCAGCCCCCUUCCUGUGCUCCCAGUGGCUGCCCCUUGUCCUCAGGAAGGAAUGGAAAUGAAACCACUCGGUCAUUUGAAGAUGCCUGGAUGUCUGGCCUCCACAGUCCCCAACUGUGGCCAAGCCCCUGAGGAGCAGGUCAGGGAUGACAUGGCACCAACACCCGCUCAGCAAACUUGCUGUCAGUACAGUAGACACGAGAUCAGCCCUGACAGCUCAGAAGAUACAGCAGAGUGCAGCACAGGAGACAGCUGUGUGCAUUUGGAAACAGAGAAUAAAAUGCUAAGUUGGAAUCAUCUUAUUUUGCCCCACGUCUCAAAGGACUGUACGGAAAAGGCAUGGUCUCCGGAUGCUCCUCUGGGAAGCCCUUCGGGGGUCCUUCAGCAACCCCAAGAAACCUGAGCAUAUGCAGACAGCUAUCCAGGUCCCAUUUCAAGCCAGUCACUGCCCAGAACAGACCUGGGGGUGGACUGUGUGAAGGACAACUGUUCAAAUCUGAGAGAACCGUUAUUUAUUUAUUUUUUUCAGUAGUGAUGUCAUUUGAAUGUAUCCUACGACAUGUGCCCAUUUAUAUUAUUUAUGCCUAAAGAUUUUCCCUCCCUGUUUCUUCUUUCCCUCUGUGGAAAACAGUCCAGUCUUGUGUAAUUCCCACCAUCCAGAAGAGGGGAGGGGCAGGGAUCUUCCCUUGGGUUCCAGGAACCUCCUGACAGUCAGCCUUCCUCUGCCAGGAGUCAGCCCUUGAGCUGAUUCAGCCAAGCAGGGGCUGAUUGCCGGGGCCGUUCUGGUUGCCAGCUGGAAAACUGCCUCUCAAUGGCCUUACCAGACUUUCUGAGAGUUGCGGUCCAAAUCAGCCCUGGUUGUAACCUGCUGUUUCUCGCAGCAGGUCUUAGGGAUUUGGUGAGCGGUGACUGGCCUGUCGGCCCGUGAGGAUGAGCUGUGUUCCAUUUCAUAGGCACUCAUCCCAGGCAGCAUCUCGGACAUGGCUGAGGUUAUCCAGUGCACAGAAAGGGCCCAAGGCCCGAGAGAAGAGCACGUCUCGGACUCUGUGACUUUAAACUUGCAUUCGCUCAUGGCGUGGUUGCAGUGGGCUCUUUUCCAAGAGGCCCGUCUCAGCAGAUGAUUUCUCUCCAUUGUGGAGGGUCCUGCUCUUGGGGCCACACUUUGUCACUUUGCUCACUUCCAGCCAGGGUAGACCCUGGAAGAUGUGAGUGUCUCUCAGAAAGGGCUCCACCUGUAGGGAGAGGGGUAGGGGUGGCAGCGACCAGUUGUUUUCAGGACGUUGUCACUAUGAACAGGUACCGUUGGCUGUGGCAAGCCCAUUCAUGAAUCACAGUUUCUGCUGCCACGAGGGACAAGAACGUUUAUGCUGCCGUGGGAAGCCACUUUUUCUCCACAUCUUUAAAAAAAAAAAAACAUGACACUGUGUGUUUAAGAGCUUGAGUCAAGCUUUAAUGGGUCACUGUUCUCUUUUGGAUUGUGUGCCCCUGUGGGGAAAGAAAACAGAAAAUGAUUCUCUUUAUGUAGAGUCAAAGCUCUUCCAGCUUAAGUGAAAAAAAAAAAAAAAGAAAAAAAUUCAAGUUUCCGAGAAAUUGCAGUGAAAUAGACUAGAAUGCUCCGUUAAUCAACUUUCCCCCUAAAUGCCUCUGCCUAUAUUUUAUAAAUAGAACUGUUAGUGAAACGGUCACUUCCAGCAGGGCCUCAAGGCACGAAUUACUUUGAGUAAAAAGUAGUGAAUACAGUUUGGCAGCCAGGCGUCAGGGGUGCUACAGAGCCGUGUUCCACCUUCCAGAUGUUCAUGCCUGUCCAAGUCUGGAUUCAGUCUUCGGGUCGUUUAGAUGCUGUUGGCUCUGGAGGGGGCCAGCUGCGCCCGUCGCCUUUGUGACUUGCUGAGGACAAGGCCUUAGUGCGACCAGAACAUGAGGACCUGCUACUCCGGGUUUGCCGGUCCUGUGAUGGCCAAGCUGCCCCCCCACCCCCUCCAAGGGCCACGGAGGGAAUGGGGGCGUCUGCGUAGGCAUUCACCUCCAUUCAGGAAGCAGAGGUGGAAUUGCUUAAGCCUUAGGUCAGAAACUGCUUAAGAAAAAAAAAAAAUUGAGUUUGAAAAUAAGAAUUGUCCACUAGGAAGAGAAGGUGACUUUACCUCGCGGGCAUUCUCACUGUGGACAGCUUUAUUUAUAUUUUUAUAGUGACGCUGUUUUAAGUGUUAUCCCUCUUAUUGUAUUUUAUUUAUAAAAAUGCCUUUAUAUAUUGAGAUAUAUAAAUAUAAAUAUAUAUAUUAUAUAUAUAUAAUAGCCUUUAUGUUAAAGUUCUCCCUGAUGGGGUGCGAGUCGUCCUGAACUUCUCAUGUCCUGCACAGUCACCGGAAGCAGCCCUGCCUGCCAUCACCUCCCCUGGAUGCCCGCCAAGCCUCACCAUGGGGUAGAGAUGGCACUAACACCUGUGCCAAGCAGCUGUGUCCCAGGCACUGUGCGGGGUACUGUGCUCUCGUUAACCCAAAGCGGGUGUUAGAAUCCACAAGACCCGGGGCGAGCGCAGAGCCUGACUCCCAAACCCCGUCCAUCUGGAGCCAGAGUCGGAGCUCCUUCUGUCUCUCCACACUGUUCUCCAAAAGUUCUGUGGUUCGUACCAGUGGCCCCAAGCCAGGGCUCCCGUCCUCCCCUGACACGGCUCAGUUCCCGGGAGGCACCGACUUCAGAGCUCUGGGCCUGAACUCCCCGACUCACCUGCCUCCCCCACACCCUUCCCUGCACCUCUGCCCGAACAUGGGCCCUUUCAGCAGCUUCCUUGUCCUGGAGCUUGCAGGCGCAUGUAUUUCUUCUCCUUCUAAAACUCUUGAGACUCUCUUUUCCCUCGUCCUGGUGCCAGUGCACACACACACGGGCCUGUUUCAACCCCUUUCGGCUUCUUCUAAAAUCAUGUUGGGGUCUGUGUGUGGUCAGUCCCCUGAGACACCCACUGGGCUGUCCAGAACUUCGCCUCCUCCUUGGGGUUCGCCCAGGUCUGCUCUCUUUCAAAGCAUGUUCUGUAUUAUCUUCCUGAACAGUAUGUUUCAUGCUCCUGAAAGCUGUCAUUUUACAUUUUGGAAUUGUACAUACUUUAAAGGAUGUAGCUUUGAUGGGUUUUAUGUGAUAUGGUUUUAUAUUAAAAGAAAAUGCUG